AUGACGACCGCUCACAGGCCUACUUUCGAUCCCGCUCGCGGAAAGGACGCCCUUCUCGGGCCCGCAUACCAUCAACGACUGCUCCCGGCACACACGCAGCUGAAGUUCAGGAAACCAGGCCAAGGCGGCGAUGGCGACAUCAAGCAGGUGCGGGACCUGCGCGCCGAGCUCGAGGCCGCCGAGGCAGCGCACUUUGCCAAGACGCGAGGCGGCGGUGCCGCUGCGCCGCUGCCCUCCUCCUCCUCCUCCUCCGGCGCCGCCACCGCCUCGUCGGCGAAGCGGCCGCUGCUGGGGGCCGGGGGCGACGAGGACGGGGAUGAGGACGUCGAGGCCAAGAGGCGGCGGAUAUUGCUAGAGACGAGGGACAUCGAUGCGGACGAGUCCGGGGAGGACGAGGAGGACGACGAUGAUGACGAUAGCGACGACGACAGCGACGACGAUGAGGAGGCGGAGCUGCAGCGGGAGCUUGAGCGGGUGAGGAGGGAGCGGGCCGAGAAGAGGGAGAAAGAGGAGCGCGAGAGGGCAGAGGCCGACGAGGAGCAGCGGGAGCGGGACAUCGCCCUCGGGAACCCGCUGCUCAACAAGCCCGACUUCAACAUCAAGCGCCGGUGGGACGACGACGUCGUGUUCAAGAACCAGGCGCGGGGCACGGAGAAUAAGGGGAAGAAGGAGUUCAUCAAUGAUCUUUUGCGGUCAGAUUUCCACAGGCGGUUCAUGAGCAAGUACGUUAGAUAA